AUAAAGCCCGAGGCGGCGGCAGCGGUGGUGUUGGAGGCUUGAAAAGGGCGGAGGGGUCCGCUGGAACCGGCACUUGGACUUCUUCUCUGCCCCCGUACAUUUUCGCCUCUCCUCGGCAAGAGCUCUCUCAACGCGCCCGGCCCGGAGCCUCCAGCGGAGCGGCCGCGGUCAUUUGGUUGCUUAGGUGGAGCUUCCUACUCUACCAUCUUCUGUGACCUCACAGUGAGACAGUCCCUGGGGAGGAAGUUUGAAGGAUGACCUCUAGAAAGAAAGUGUUGCUGAAAGUUAUCAUCCUGGGAGAUUCUGGAGUCGGUAAGACAUCGCUCAUGAACCAGUAUGUGAACAAGAAAUUCAGCAAUCAGUACAAAGCCACAAUAGGAGCAGACUUUCUGACAAAGGAGGUGAUGGUGGAUGACAGACUAGUUACAAUGCAGAUUUGGGACACAGCAGGACAGGAACGGUUCCAGUCUCUCGGUGUGGCCUUCUACAGAGGCGCAGACUGCUGCGUUCUGGUAUUUGAUGUGACUGCCCCCAACACAUUCAAAACCCUUGAUAGCUGGAGAGAUGAGUUUCUCAUCCAGGCCAGUCCCCGGGAUCCUGAAAACUUUCCCUUUGUUGUGUUGGGAAACAAGAUUGACCUCGAAAACAGACAAGUGGCCACAAAGCGAGCACAGGCCUGGUGCUACAGCAAAAAUAAUAUUCCCUACUUCGAGACCAGUGCCAAGGAGGCCAUCAACGUGGAGCAGGCGUUCCAGACGAUUGCACGGAAUGCACUUAAACAGGAAACAGAGGUGGAGCUGUACAACGAAUUCCCCGAGCCCAUCAAACUGGACAAGAACGACCGGGCCAAGCCCCCGGGGGAAACCUGCAGUUGCUGAAGGGGCAGUGAGAGUAGAGCACAGAGUCCUUCACAAACCAAGAACACACUUAGGCCUUCAAACACAGCCCCCCUUGCCUCUUCCAAACAAAACAAAUUGAUCUCUCAUAUCCAGCUGCCAAAAGAACCCCUACCAAACACACUCACCCUCAUACACAACACACACACAGAUCUGACACAAGCAGACAAACUCAAGCCCACGCCUAUGACACAGCUCCAUGGGGUCUGCCCACCCACCACAUGAGCCCUCAUCUGUGGCAGCAGGACAGGCCAGCUGUAGACAUUGUUCUGGCGUGGAGCCGGCAUUGGAAGCUUUUUCGUUUUGUCCACUGGAGAGAGAGAGAACUGUUUACAG